GCCCUUAGGCCCCGCCCCUUCGCCUCCGCCCCCGCCUCGCCCCGCCCCGCCCCGCUCCUGGCCGCCGGCUCCCUCCGGCAGCAGGGGGAUGCGCGCCUGCGCCGGCCCUCGCCUCGGAGCAGCCAUGAUGGAAGGCCUGGACGACGGCCCGGACUUCCUCUCAGAAGAGGACCGCGGACUUAAAGCAAUAAAUGUAGAUCUUCAAAGUGAUGCUGCUCUGCAGGUGGACAUUUCUGAUGCUCUUAGUGAGCGGGAUAAAGUAAAAUUCACUGUUCACACAAAGAGUUCAUUGCCAAAUUUUAAACAAAACGAGUUUUCAGUUGUUCGGCAACAUGAGGAAUUUAUCUGGCUUCAUGAUUCCUUUGUUGAAAAUGAAGACUAUGCAGGUUAUAUCAUUCCACCAGCACCACCAAGACCUGAUUUUGAUGCUUCAAGGGAAAAACUACAGAAGCUUGGUGAAGGAGAAGGGUCAAUGACGAAGGAAGAAUUCACAAAGAUGAAACAGGAACUGGAAGCUGAAUAUUUGGCAAUAUUCAAGAAGACAGUUGCGAUGCAUGAAGUGUUCCUGUGUCGUGUGGCAGCACAUCCUAUUUUGAGAAAAGAUUUAAAUUUCCAUGUCUUCUUGGAAUAUAAUCAAGAUUUGAGUGUGCGAGGAAAAAAUAAAAAAGAGAAACUUGAAGACUUCUUUAAAAACAUGGUUAAAUCAGCAGAUGGAGUAAUCGUUUCAGGAGUAAAGGAUGUAGAUGAUUUCUUUGAGCAUGAACGAACAUUUCUUUUGGAAUAUCAUAACCGAGUUAAGGAUGCAUCUGCUAAAUCUGAUAGAAUGACAAGAUCCCACAAAAGUGCUGCAGAUGAUUACAAUAGAAUUGGUUCUUCAUUAUAUGCUUUAGGAACUCAGGAUUCUACAGAUAUAUGCAAGUUUUUUCUCAAAGUUUCAGAACUGUUCGAUAAAACAAGAAAAAUAGAAGCACGAGUGUCUGCUGAUGAAGACCUCAAACUUUCUGAUCUUUUAAAAUAUUACUUAAGAGAAUCUCAAGCUGCUAAGGAUCUCCUGUAUCGAAGGUCUAGGUCACUAGUGGAUUAUGAAAAUGCUAAUAAAGCACUGGAUAAAGCAAGAGCAAAAAAUAAAGAUGUUCUGCAGGCCGAAACUUCCCAACAAUUAUGUUGUCAGAAAUUUGAAAAAAUAUCUGAGUCUGCAAAACAAGAACUUAUAGAUUUUAAGACAAGAAGAGUUGCUGCAUUCAGAAAAAAUUUAGUGGAACUGGCAGAGUUAGAACUGAAGCAUGCAAAGGGUAAUCUACAGUUGCUGCAGAACUGCCUGGCAGUGUUAAAUGGAGACACAUAAGCCACACUCUGCCUUCCUGUUAAAAAGGGCUGCCUUCCUUCAAAUUUUACUUUUGUUUUCUUAAUGAUGUUAAGCAUUUAUGCUCACUGGAAACAAUCAAAAAGCAGCUGAAAAAGUGCAUCAACUCCUCUUUUUCUGAGAAACAUGGAGCAGCGCACGCCCAGGCGAUGCCAGUCUGUGUGCUGUGAUGCCGCACUGUGUUCCCCACCACAGUGGUCCAUCAUCGUGCACUCGUCAUACUCAGAAGUCCAAAGUUCAUUCUUUAAAGUAGCCUCUAUAACUCUGUUUAUUUUAUAAAUAGUAUUCCUUAUGGCUGCCAAUCUUACUUACCUUUAAAUAAUUUCUGAAGUUUAACCUUUUCAGAAAGCAUUGUUCAAACAAGAUAAAGAUUGCCUUUUUUGAAUUUUUUUAAUUUUGUUUUUAAAAGCAUAUACCACCUUAGUUCAUUCAUGUAUCCUGGUAAAGCAUCUUAAUCAGACUUAUUUUUAAUUACUGAAUAUUUCUUAGAAGUUUUGGGACAGAUUUUAUGUAAUCUUUAUAAGUAUGAUUUCUGAAGAAAAGCAAAUGCAUUAGUAUGUUUGCCUUAAACUUGUAGACUAAACCAAUUAUUGUAAAAUAAAAAGCGAUAACAGUGAUAGUUUUUAACUCUGUGGUCAUUGUAUCACCCUGGAAAAUGUGGAGUAGCUGUCGUAAAUCUACUCCUGUAUUAUGCUUUACAGUGCAGGUCUUAGUUUUUCUUUUUUCUCAUUUCUUUUGAAAUGGCAUCUCGAACAAAGUCCACCAAUCCCUGUACAAAAGAAUGAACUGCUCCUCUGUGUGUACUUCACAGAAGGUGGAAUCGGACAGAGGCAGGUUAGCGACAGUUAUUCCUGAAAUACAGGAGCAGAGUACAGUCUGUUGUGGUUUCCCGGAUUCCGCGCCUAGCUCAGCCGAUUAAGCAUGAGACAUAUGCCAUUGAGCCACUUAGUAGUUACGCGAGUGGAUAGAUUGGUAUGUAGAGGGAAAGAGGUCUGCUGUAAAGAACAACACUUGUUUGUCUGUGGGGAAAGAAAAGUGGAAUCCUUGAGGUGAAAGUUGGCAUACAAACAGGAUACUAUCGCCAGUAGUUAUAUUACAAACAUUAUCGGCCUUUCUAAUGUGAAUGAACGUUAGAAACAUUAUUGUCAUUCCUAGUUUAAAGUUAAGGUUGCGUGGUUGGAUUUUUCCACUAUCUUUUUCUAAUUUUUCUACCAUUUGGAGACCAUAGGCAUUUGGGCCUGUCACCCCUUGGAUGGGUUCCUAGUUUGUUUACAUUUUCCUGAACCCUCCUGAGCGCCUGUUCUUGGUCUAAUCCCCAGUCGUGAUGAUUCCACACUUCCUCAGCAGCAUGUUCUCUUGCCUCAUUCGUGAGCUGGUCAGUGUUCCGUCUCUUUAACUGACAUGUUCCCCAGUGCUGUUUGAACUGUUGAGUUUCCGUCGCUGGCUGAGUGCGUUUUGUCCUUCACGUAACCUUCACUGGUAAAAAUAAGCCCAUGUGAUGUCCACCAGUGGAUGAAUGCUGGACCGAGAGCCCUAGCUUCCGGAUCCAGGUCUAGCCCCUUCGUCUGCUGCUCUGUGGCCCAGGGCAGGUUUGCUUGACCUCUGCCUCAGUUCUCUCCUCUAAAGGACAUAUCGACCUACCUCACAGGGGUGUUGUGAGGAUUAAUAAAUGUUGGUACUGUGCUCUGGAAA